UAUUGCACAAUAAGCUUAAUCCAAGAACAAGAUUAUGUCGCCGACACGAGCUGCAGGUUUAGUUAUAUACAGAUACUCUAAUGAGUUAAUACAGUUUCUUCUCUUACAAACCUCAUAUGGCAUACAUCAUUGGACUCCUCCUAAAGGUCAUGUUGAUCCAGGGGAAUCUGACUGGGAGACAGCUUUACGAGAGACACAAGAAGAAGCUGGUUACAUAAAGGAUGAUUUAGAGAUUGAUCAAACCUCAAAGAAAGUUCUCUCUUAUGAAGUAAAUGGAAAGCCCAAAGAAGUAGUAUAUUGGCUAGCAAAAUUAAUUAACCCAGAAGCACCAGUGAAACUUUCAGAUGAACAUCAGGAUUUCAAAUGGCUACCUUUACCACAAGCCCAAGACUUGUCAGGUUAUGAUGAUAUGAAACAAUUACUUUCUGAGUAUUAUGGAUUAGCAUCAAGUAAAUUGAAACAAUGAAGGUUAAGUUAGGCCAAUAUUUAUUGGCAAUGAUGUAAGAAUCAAAUUGAAUUAUCCAAAUCAAUGAAAAUAUGAAUAAAUAUAUCAUAAUACCCAUUA